AUGGGAAAAACGAAAAUAUGGAAAACGCAAAUAUGGGAAGAACGCAAAUAUCGGAAGAACACAAUUAUGGGAAAAAUGCAAUUAUGGGAAGAACGCAAAUAUGGGAAGAACGCAAAUAUGGGAAGAACGCAAAUAUGGGAAAAACGCAAAUAUGGGAAAAACGCAAAAAUAUGGGAAAAACGCAAAUAUGGGAAAAACGCAAAUAUGGGAAAAACGCAAAUAUGGCAAAGACGCAAAUAUGGCAAAGACGCAAAUAUGGGAAAGACGCAAAUAUGGCAAAGACGCAAAUAUGUCAAAGACGCAAAUAUGGCAAAAACGCAAAUAUGGCAAAGACGCAAAUAUGGCAAAGACGCAAAUAUGGCAAAGACGCAAAUAUGGGAAAGACGCAAAUAUGGGGAAAACGCAAAUAUGAGGAAAACGCAAAUAUGGGGAAAAUGCAAAUAUGGGGAAAAUGAAAAUAUGGGAAAAACGCAAAUAUGCGAAAAUCGCAAAUAUGCGACAAUCGCAAAUAUCGCAAAAACGCAAAUGUCGGAAAAACGAAAAUAUCGGAAAAACGCAAAUAUUGGAAAAACGCAAAUAUUGGAAAAACGCAAAUAUGGGAAAAACGCAAAUAUGGAAAAAACGCAAAUAUGGGAAAAACGCAAAUAUGGCAAAAACGCAAAUAUGGCAGAAACGCAAAUAUGGCAAAAACGCAAAUAUGGGAAAAUCGCAAAUAUUGCAAAAACCCAAUUAUGGCAAAAAUGCAAAUAUGGAUAA